AUAAGACAGGGCAGUAGGGGCCGCAGACUAGCUCACCCUCCUGCACACUUCACUCUUGUCACUGCAUCCCUGCCGGAAAAAUCAUGAGCUUCUCCACCCGCAGUAUCAACCAGUCUAGCCGCUUUAGUGGGUCUAGUACUCUAGCUAGCUCCCCCAGGGCGCGCAGCGUGGCAGGAGGUGCUGCCAGCGUCAGGAUGUCCUCUGCCAGCUAUAGCAUGGCAGCUCCCGCAUUUGGUGCUGGAUUCGCAGCCCAAGAAGGCAACGCUUUUGGCGUCAAUGGCAAAGAGACCAUGCAGAACCUGAACGACCGCCUGGCCACCUAUUUGGAACGGGUCCGAUCCCUGGAGACAGCAAACGGUGACUUGGAAUUGAAAAUCCGCGAGUUCUAUGAGAGAAAAUCAACUGUCAUCUCUUUCGACCCAAGUGGAUAUUAUGACAUCAUCAACAAGCUGCGCUCCCAGAUCCAGGAUUCCACCCUUCAAAAUACUCGCCUCGUGCUGCAGAUUGACAACGCCAAGCUGGCGGCUGAUGACUUUAAGAUGAAGUUUGAAUCAGAACUGGCCAUCAGACAAGGAGUGGAUACUGACAUCGUUGGACUGCGCAGAGCCCUGGACGAGCUGACCGUCAACAGAUCAGACCUGGAGCUCGAGAUUGAAGGCCUAAAGGAGGAGCUGAUCUACCUGAAGAAGAAUCACGAGGAGGAGGUUGCUGCUUCUCAGGGACGAACUGGAGGAGCAGUUAAUGUGGAAAUGGAUAGCGCUCCAGCCGUUGACUUGUCCAAGGUGCUUGCAGAUGUCAGGGAUCAAUAUGAGAAAAUGGUGGAGAAGAAUCGGCAAGAGGCGGAGAUCUGGUUUAGAGGACAGAGUGAAAGCCUCAGCAGGGAAGUUGCAGUAAACCAACAAAGCUUCCAGGUUUCCAAAACGGAGGUCACAGAACUGAGACGCACAUUACAGAGUCUGGAGCUGGAGCUUCAGUCCCUCCUCAACAUGAAACAAGCAUUAGAAGGUUCCCUUUCAGAAACAGAAGGUCGAUAUGGUGCAGAAAUUGCAAAACUCCAGAGUAUUAUUUCCCAAAUAGAAAUCGACCUUCAGCAAGUAAGGUCAGAUUCAGAACAGCAUGGUCAGGAGUACAGAAGGCUGCUGGACAUCAAGACCAGGCUCGAGCAGGAGAUCGCCACCUACAGAAGACUGCUGGAAGGAGAAGAUGUCAGCUUGUCGUCAGUUAAUCGAUUGGAAUCAUCAAACAAAGGUGUAAAAAUUGUCAGCAAAGAAGAAGCACACAGUUCCAGCACCACAAAGAUCAAGGUGAAGACAGUGGUGGAGGAAAUGGUCGAUGGAAAGGUGGUGUCUUCCUCCGUGAAAGAGGUGACUCAGGACUCCAAGACCUCUUCAUAACGGCCAUCAAGGACACGCCAGAGAACGUUAUCUACAACAAUGUCAAGUGAACGUACACUGAAACUGAAAAAUAAAACACUUGAUGCAUUUGCUCUACAA